CUUGCACUUUUCUCUUGCACCAUGGGGAAAGGCAGACAUGCUCUGCCACAUUUUGUUCUCAUUUUUCUUGCCCUCCUAAUGACAGCAGCCUCAGUCCAUAAAAAACCGCAGUACAUGGUGCUGGUUCCCACCCAGCUCUACACUGAGGUUCCUGAGAAAAGCUGUCUCCAUUUGCACUAUCUGAAGGAGACAGUGACUGUAAGUGCUUCCUUGAUGUCCAGUAUGGGAAAGAAGAGCCUGUUCAGUGACUUUGAGGUCCACGAGGACUUGUUCCAAUGUGUAUCCUUUACUCUUCCGAGAACCUCAUCUCCUAAUGAGGUAGCCUUCCUGUCUGUCCAGAUAAAAGGACGAACACACACAUUCAGUGAAGAGAUGGCAGUGGUGGUGAGGAAUACGGAAAGCAUUCUCAUUGUCCAGACAGACAAACCCAUGUACAAGCCGGGACAGACAGUUAAGUUUCGAGUUGUGUCUGUGGAUAGAAAUUUGCGCCAACGGCAUGAGUUGUUUCCUCUGGUUUAUAUUGAGGAUCCCAGAAAGAAUCGAAUUAUGCAAUGGCGGGAUAUUACAUCAGAGAAUGGAAUUAAGCAGUUGUCCUUCAACCUAUCAUCGGAGCCUAUUCAGGGUUUCUACAAGAUCAUGGUACUAAAAAAAUCAGGAGAAAAGAAAGAACAUGUCUUCAGUGUGGAAGAAUAUGUACUCCCCAGAUUUGAAGUGCAAGUAAAGUGUCCAAAGGCAGUCACAUUUCUGGAUGAAAAAGUGAAUGUUACAGUGUGUGGAAAGUACACCUAUGGGAAACCUGUCCUAGGACAUGUGAAGUUGAAUAUAUGCCAUCUUUUCAAGUCUUAUUUUGGAUCUGAGUAUGGUCAUAACUAUGGUGGUCAAGACCCAUGUGAGGAAAUCAGUCAACAGCUGAACAGCCAAGGCUGCAUCACACAAGCAGUGAGAACUUCUAGGGACUUUAUGAACUGGAACAUGAGUCACAUUUUUAAUCUUCAAGUGAAUGCUAAAAUUACAGAAGAGGGGACAGGGCUGGAAUUCACUGGAACUGGGACAACUGAAGUUAGGAAACCCAGAACCAAUCUUGUACGUGUGAGUACAGAUUCACACUUCAGACCAGGGAUUCCAUUUGUUGUUCAGUUUCGCCUCGAGGAUGUAAAAGGAGUUCCUGUGGCAGAUAAACAUAUCUUCCUGAAAGUAUUCACAACAAAGUACAACAGCAGUGCUACCACUGAUGAGCAUGGCCUGGUAGAGUUCUCCAUCAAUACCACCGACAUUGUGGCUCCCUCCCUCACUUUCAAAGUCUACUACAAGGAACAGGGUCAUUGUUUCAAACACUAUUGCAUUGAAGAAGAACUCAAAGAAGUAGAUUUUGUGUUUUACAGUGUUUUCUCCUACAGCAAGAGCUUUGUUUACCUUGAGCCUGUCACUGGUGCCUUACCCUGUGGCCAAAUGCAUACAGUUCAUGUACAUUAUACUCUGAAUGGAAAAGUCUUGGGAGAGCUGAGGGAGAUGGUUUUCUAUUACCUGAUCAUGGCCAGGGGCAUCAUUGUUCAAACUGGAACUCAUGCUUUCUUCAUGGAACCAGGAGAACUGAAAGGUUACUUCAACCUGUCCAUCCCUAUCGAGUCAUACAUGGCUCCUGCCCCUCAAAUGCUCAUCUAUGCCAUUCUACCCAGUGGGGAAGUGAUUGCAGAUUCUGCAAAAUUUGAGAUUGAAAACUGUCUUCUCAGCCAGGUGGGUUUGAGCUUCAGGCCGGCACAGAGUCUCCCGGCCUCACAAACUCACCUGCGGGUCACAGCACCUCCUCAGUCUCUCUGUGCCUUAAGAGCUGUGGACCAAAGUGUGCUGCUUAUGAGGCCCGAGGCCGAGCUCUCCCCUUCCUCGAUAUAUAAUCUGCUGAGUAUAAAGGACACUGACUCCUCUUCAGAUUUAAAUUGGUUGGCUAACUUCCCAGAAAAUUGUAAAGACAUAAAUUAUGAUAAAAUCAAGUACUCAUCAUUACACAGAAAUGACAAGGAUACUUUCAAAUUCAUAGAGAGCAUGGGCUUAAACAUAUUCACUAACUUGAAGAUCAGAGAUCCUAACUUAUGUCCUGAUGAUCUGUUAUUUCCACAAGCAGUGGCUAUAAAGUACACCGACCAUACGGUUCCUGCAGAAGUAGAUGAAAAGCCACUCAGUGAGACUGUGCGAACCUACUUUCCUGAAACAUGGAUCUGGGACUUGGUAGAGGUGAACUCAUCAGGUGUGGCUGAAGUAGCAGUGACAGUCCCGGACACCAUCACAGAGUGGAAGGCAGGGGCCCUCUGCCUGCCCAGUGAUACGGGGCUUGGUCUUUCCCCCACCGCCUCCCUCCGAGCCUUCCAGCCCUUCUUUGUGGAGCUCACGAUGCCUUACUCUGUGGUUCGCGGUGAGGUCUUCACAUUCAAGGCUACUGUACUGAACUACCUCUCCAAAUGCAUCCAGGUGAGCGUGCAACUGGAAGCCUCUCCUGCCUUCACAGCUGUCCCCCUAGCAAAAGACCAAGAUUCUUACUGCCUGUGUGAGGAUGGGAGGCAAACUGUGUCCUGGCUGGUGACUCCCAAAGCACUCGGGAAUGUGAAUUUCUCUGUGAGUGCGGAAACACAACAGCCUUCUGAGCUCUGUGGUACUGAGGUAGCUGCGGUUCCUGAAGCCAGGAAGAAAGACACAGUCGUCAAACCCCUGUUAGUUGAGCCUGAAGGAAUCAAGAAAGAAUAUAUGAUUAACUCAUUUCUCUGUGCAUCAGAUGCUGUGAUAUCUGAAAAAUUAUCGCUGAAGCUUCCACCAAAAUUAGUGACUGAUUCGGCUAGAGCUUUCUUCUCUGUGUUUGGUGAUAUAUUAAGUUCUUCCAUAAAAAACACACAAAACCUCCUCCAGAUGCCUUAUGGCUGUGGAGAACAGAACAUGGUUCUUUUUGCUCCUAACAUCUAUGUACUGAAAUAUCUGAAUGAAACUGAUCAGCUGACUCAGGAGAUCAAAUCCAAAGCUAUUGGCUAUCUCAGUGCUGGUUAUCAGAGACAGCUGAACUACAAACACCCAGAUGGCUCCUACAGUGCCUUUGGGCAUCAGAAUGGCAGGAAUCAAGGCAACACUUGGCUCACAGCCUUUGUGCUCAAGACCCUUGCCCAAGCUCGAGCCUUUAUCUUCAUUGAUGAAACACACAUUAGCCAUGCUUUCACCUGGCUCUCCCAGAAGCAGAAGGACAAUGGCUGUUUCAGGAGCUCUGGGACACUGUUCCACAAUGACCUGAAGGGUGGAGUAGACGAUGAGGUGACCCUCUCAGCCUAUAUCACUAUUGCCCUUCUGGAGAUGCCUCUCCCUGCCACUCACCCUGUGGUCAGCAAAGCACUGACCUGCCUGAAUGAAUCCUUGGAAAUGGCAAAGGAGGGGUCCAAUGGCAGCUAUGUCUACACCAAGGCACUCCUGGCAUAUGCGUUUGCCCUGGCUGGGAACCAGGAUAAGAGGAAAGAAAUACUGAAAUCACUUGAUGAGGAAGCUGUGAAAGAAGACAACUCAAUUCAUUGGGAGCGGCCUCAGAAACCCAGGAGACCAGAGGCACUUUUGUACCAACCCCAGGCGCCCUCUGCUGAGGUGGAGAUGACGUCCUAUGUACUCCUUGCCCACCUCACAGCCCAGGGGACCCCGACCCCAGAGGAGAUGACUUCUGCAAUGCGCAUCGUGAACUGGAUCACAAAGCAGCAAAAUUCCUAUGGCGGCUUCUCCUCCACUCAGGACACAGUAGUAGCUCUCCAUGCUUUAUCCAGAUAUGGAGCUGCUACUUUUGGCAGAACUGGGAAAACUGCUUUGGUGAAAAUCCAGUCUUCAGGGACGUUUUCUACAAAAUUCCAAGUGGACAACAGUAAUCGUCUGUUAUUGCAGCAGGUCUCAUUACCACACAUUCCAGAGGAGUACACCAUAAGUGUGUCGGGGGAAGGAUGUGUGUACACUCAGACAGCUUUGAAAUACAAUGUGUUCCUGGAGAAGGAAAAAUACGCAUUUGCUCUACAAGUGCACACAGUACCUCAGACUUGUGAUGAUCCCAAAGCCCACAAGAGAUUCCAGAUCUCACUAGAAGUCAGUUAUACAGGGAGACGUCCAGCCUCUAACAUGGCGAUUGUUAAUGUAAAAAUGAUAUCUGGCUUUAGUCCGCUGAAAUCAACAGUGAAAAUGCUUGAAAGAUCUGACCAUGUGAGCAGGACAGAAGUGAACAAGAACAAUGUCUUGAUUUAUGUGGAUCAGGUUACCAAUGAGACACUGAACUUUUCUUUUGCUGUUCUGCAAGACGUUCCUGUAAGAAACCUGAAACCUGCCUUUGUGAAAGUCUAUGACUACUAUGAAACAGGUGAAGCAGCCUUUGCUGAAUACAGCGCCCCAUGUAGCACAGACACAGAGGAAUAAAAAUUUUGAGGCUCAUCUCUAUAAACAGUGGUUUGCUGGAAUCCCCCCAAAGACCUUUGAAGAGCACUAUUCUACUUCUGCAAUAUAGAUACUCAGAAACUUGGUAAAUAAAUCUGGAGAGCCUCUGUC